UCUUUCGGUUUUGAAUUAUAUCAUACGUUGGUUUGGAAUACCGAAAACUGUAUACUUUAAAAAAACAUGUCAUAUAGUGCAACCGAUUCAAUAUGCUAUAGUCGUCAGCCGUUACGGCAAGAAAAAAUGCUGAUGAAAGAGAUUAUAGACCGUCCUUAGUGACGGCCACAAGAGGUUCCUCAACUGUUGGAAAGAAACGGCAAGAAAGAAAAGCUAGAGGGUGUGUUACUCCGGAAGAAAAAAUGAUUCAGAGUAGAAAGGAUAACGUUGAAAACAGAGACGAAUCCCAGGAAAGCAGGCAACAAACUUUUAGGGACAACUGGACGAUGGAAGAACUUGCUAGAUCUGAGAAAAAGCGGUUAGAGCAAGAGAUAGACAAAACAAUGGAAAUGCUUAUGAAGAAACACAAGCAAGAAGUUGACAAAAUAAAAAAUGAUCUACACAGACAACACAAGAAGGAGAUCGACGAGAUAACAAAUGCUAAAAACAACAAACAUGACAAGGAAAUUACGAGAAUGCAAAAAGAGUUGCAAGACAUGCGGUCGAAGAAGGAGUUGGCAGAACAAAAACUUGAAGACGCUAGAAAAUGCCUUGGUGGUCUUAGUGAUACCGAGAAAGUGGUUGCCUCCAAUAAUGCAUUCAUGUGCUGCUGCAUCUGCAUGGAAAGGCCAAGUAACUCAUUUUUGAUGCCAUGCGGUCAUACAUUCUGCAUGGUCUGUGCAGAGGCUCAAGAAUCCGAGUUAAACGGAAAGUGUUCAGUUUGUAGGCAGACAAUUGAAUGUGUUCGACAGAUUCAUUCGUGAAUGAAUACUAACAUGUUUCUAUGCAUCCUUAGUAAAAUGGUUUUCAUAUGAAUGAUUUUUUAUUUGACCAGCAAACUGUAGGAUAAUUACUAAUUUUUUAAAAAAAAUGGUAUAGUGCGCCAUAUUUGUUUGACUUGGGUUGUAUUGUUGGUUAAUAGACAUUGAGUGGUGUUGCUUUUUUAUUUGUUGUUUUAAGAAAAUAUAAUUUUAAAUCAACAUUUCUUUAUGCCCCCCGCCAUUCGAUGUCCGUGCGUGCGUCAGUCCGUCCGUUUUUCCCCAUCUCGUAAUCAAAGAGUUUAUAGAUGUACAUUAUUAUAGGUGUUAUUACUAUGAUUUCUACUGAGGUUAUGUUGCAAAGUUUCGAACAAUCUCUUUAAUGUCAUUUUAUGAUUAUGCAUAACUUUAUCAUGACAUCAGGAGUUAUAACUGACCAAUCAGAGAGCUGCAUUUUCAAGUACCUGCCAGUUUCUACUUGGGUAAAACGAAGUAUUUUUACAAUGAACAUAUAGUGACUUUAGAAAUAAAUAUCACAUCAUUUCAGAAAUCAAAUAAUAAUUUUGACUGCACAUGCCACAGAUGAUGCUACAAACUACAAAUUUAUAAGGUUUCAUUGAAAUAUUAUAUAUAUUUUAUACUUUAACUUUAAUUUAAAGUUUGAAAUUUUACACAGGGAGUCUAUGAUGAUGUCCGAGUAAAAUGUAAUCAAUACCCAAGUGAAAUAGAAUCAUUCCGCAAUGUUUCGGACAUGUUAACAUUAUGAAUUAAAAUGCAUGUAUACGAGACUUUUGUAAACAUAUUCUGAUACAACCCUCCCCCCAUCCAAUAAAUAUAUAUAUGGAAAAAAUCCUUAUUUGAUUUUUUUAUCACUCCUUUGAUUUCGAAACUCCGUUGGAAUAAAAUAAUUCCAUACUUUAACAGUAUUUUGUUUGUUAGUAGACGCUAGCAGUUUACGGAUGAUUAUUCUUUUGAACUGUGAAAAACAUUGUAAAUGAGUGUUUGUUAAUAAAACAAAAUUAGUGUCCGAUAUAUUUAAAGUAUUAACAUAAAUUUCAAUGUACGCCGGCGAAACUGAUAUUUGUUAUGUAUACCUUUGUUUAUACACUAAAACGUCACUGUUACGCUGUAGCUUAAUGGUAAGUGCUCCCGCUUUAUAUUCAAGAGGUCGGGAGUUCGAGCCCCACCGGAAUAAUUUACUUGUUUUAAUUUCACCAGUUUUAUUGGGGUUUUUUUUGUAUGAAUUUAACAUGAGUUUUGCAAAUAUUGUCACAAAAAUCAUUUGUGCGAAAACUUAAAAAGGUUUUGUUUUGAUGUCAGAUUCCAAUGUAGUCCGAGUACAUCAAACUAUAAAAAAUGAGGGUCCAAAUUAACAGGUAUGAAAUUUUUUAAAAGCACAUAUUGCUCCUCCCAUUUUUCACAUAUAUUGCAUCCAUAAAUCUUAGAAAUCAUUGACCUGUGUUUUACACUUGGGAAAAUAUUGUUGGCUAUACAAAUGAGAAUCAACAUUAAAAAGGUUUCUACUACCACCCCUACUCUCUAGAGAUGAAAAACAUAAACCUUUAAAAAGCCCUAGACUGUUAGCAGUUUGGUAAAGUAAACAUGGGUUUUCGAGUAUUUCUGUGUUUAGUGUUUUUCUCUGUGUUCAACUCAGAUCAAUUACUUUUUAAAAACAUUCUUGUUUUGAAUUUAAAACAAAAAUGUUCAUGUAAAUGGUUAUUUAUCAUUCUCCCAUACCUGAGGCCUAGCAUAGCAGGGUUUCUUGACCGAAAUUUGGUCCCAGUUUUCCUUCCAAAAUGAACGUAAUUUGCAUUUAGAAAUUAUGGAUAAUCAUUGAUACAAAUGUCUUAAUUGUCAUAACAGAACAUAAACUUACUAAUACGGAUCCGUAAUUACAGAUAUUUGCACCCAUUGCAAUAUCACCACUCCUUUGAAUUUGAAGGGGCACUGGUGAUUUCUCAAGGAGCUCUGACUUAUCAGUAGCACCGAAUUUUAUAUCAAGACAAGUCAAAAAGCUAAAUAUUUUAAAAUAUAAAACGAGUACUAAUACAGACGCCGAGUCACGGGACAAAAAAGCCCAGAAAGCUGCCAUAUUGGAAGGAGGCUUAAACUUGUUGCAUUAUCCUACGACCGGGCAUAAUUUGCAGUGCGGCUCUGUGGCAAGUUUUGCAUAGAUCUUUUAAAAGAUGAAUUUCAUUUUCGGGCAGUAUUUUCUUCACAGAAGUACCUACUUAUUUAUUUAGCAAAGUUGGUCAGGCGUUUUUUCUAUUUUCUGAUGGUCGUGUCAAUUUACUUUAGAGAGAUCCGUAACCGCACAUAAACAUAUCUAAAGCUGAAAUUGUAUUGUACUUGCACUGAAUGUCUAAAAUUAGUAACGAUAUUUUUGUGUUAGUUUGGUGUUAUAUAACCUGUUUGUAGCUUGUGUAUUGUACUCGCACUGAAUGUCUAAAGAGUAACAUAUAUCCUUUUUAAAUAAAAUUUCCAAAAUGAGCCGCACCACGAGAAAACUUACAUUCUGCGUUUUUAAGGUCACUGAUUUAACUAUACAGUAACAUAUCUGAUAGACGUAGGAUGGGAGCCUAGCACUGGUCUUUCUCAGGAAUGAUGUUUCGGUAAACUAUCUGUCUGUGAAAAUAGCUGAAAUAUUGUUGAAAUCUAUUAGUAAACCAAAAGAACAUAUAAAACUAGAAAAUUUGUUGCAGGUCAUUGUUGAUUAAUCUGCAUGAUAGGUCCAUCAUCGAUCUCGUGUAAAGUAAUGUAAUAGUAUUUUAGUGCCUUGUUAAAUUUAAUACAUUUAAAAUGUAACUGUUACUCUGACCAAAAACUAUUUUUGUAAGUGCCUACAUGUUGAAAAUCCCAAUUUUGUUUGUUUUUUAGAACACUUUAAACUAGACUAACAUUGUUUUAUUACUAAAUUAAAGUUUAC